AUGCCUCUGAAGAAGGCCAAGAAGAGCGAAGCCACACCUUCCAAUGCCGCACGUGAAGUCGCUGCUGCGCCGCAAUCAGCACGUCGCGCGCUGCGCGGUAGAAGGGGUGGCCUGAAAGACAUGCCCAACAUGCCUCUCGACAUUGUUCUUGAGAUAAUCAGCCAUUUGAACCCUCGGGAUCUACUGAACUUGGCAAGGACGAGCAAGGCUUUCCGGGCAUUGCUCAUGACCCGCACGUCUGCUCAUCUGUGGAAGGCAGCCAGGAAGAAUGUGGAUGGUCUACCAGACUGUCCUCCUUAUUUGAGCGAGCCUGAAUACGCGAAUCUCGCGUUUUCCCCACAUUGCCAUAGUUGUUUGAAAAGCAACAUUCAGAAUGUCAUUUGGGAGUUCAAUGUACGAUAUUGCAACGAUUGUAAGAAGGAGAACACUGUUGAAAGCCCGUAUGGCCUUCCAACGGGCUUAAUGAGUAAAAUUACCAGCAGUGUGAACGUGCUGAAUCACAUUUCCGGGCGCCGCUACUUAUAUCUGUUCCACGUCCCUCAAAUUGAUGCGUUUGUGAAGUCCUGGAGGGCUGUUGCUAGUGACGAAGGAGAGAAGAAGCUCAUCAAAGAACAGGCUGAGCGCGUAAAUCAAAUCAAAGAGUACUCUAGGUUGUGUAAUGAAUGGACCAAAUUGAGGGUCAAAUCCCGAGCAUCGGAACUGGAUGAUGUGCGGCGUGCUCGUUUGGAAUCGAUUGUCUCCAGACUGCGAGACCUGGGUUGGGGAGAAGAGCUCGACUUUCUUGAGCCGAAACAAUAUUCUCCGUUGUCCAACCAUGCUCAUGCUCGGCAGGCCAAACCACUUACAGAUCGCGGGUGGCAGAAGAUUUGCGAUGAGAUGGUCUCCUACAUGGAGAAACUGAAAACUCAGCGACUUGCCGAGGAGCACAGAGAAAGACUGCAUUCUCGUCUCGCACUCCUUUCAGAUCUGAUCGACAAUUACUAUGCAGGAAUCCCGAGGACGCCUGCAUCCGAGUAUUUGCCGCAUCUCGUCGACUUUGCCAUGAUGUCGGAAUUCCGUGCACUUGUCGAUGCUCUUGACUCGGUCAACAUUACCCCAGAUGACUUCCUCGCGCUGCGACCUCAGAUUCCGAACUUAGUCGAGAAAUGGCAGAACAAUGCCAAGGCAGAGUUGACGCUGCUGUUGGCUGAAGAACUAGGCCUCACAGACAUUCCCGAUGAUACGAACAUCUUUGAUCUUGCCGUAGCGUGGUUCCAAUGCACCAAGUGCCGCAAAGUCUUACGCUAUCCUAAUAUCAUUGCUCACGGCUGCAUGCGUCAGUACUAUCACGGCUUCUACCAUCCGGAUGCAGCACACGAAUACCAGGCGCUGGUCUACGGGGAGGCACGCACUGCUGCGUGGUCGACCGCUUCAAUCUCUUGCUCCCGUCCGGUUCAGCGGGCAUAUAUGCUCGUCAAAGCGUGCGGCAAAGACCCUAGCUCGACCACCGCGAGGGCAAUGGACGAACUUGAUGCGAGGUUUUGGUGGAAGAAUCCUAGCGCGCUUCCGUCCAGAAGCGUUGUCAGUUGGCGUCUGGCGAUGAAGCCCAAGUGGACGAGAAAGCACGUCGGAGGAGUCUCUGAACGCCAGUGGGAGGUCGUAAACGGAAAUGUAGCAGAAAAGGUCAAGGUCGUCGAAGCCAAAAGUCAAAUCACUCGCCGGUUCAAACACGAGCUACGCCGCCACUGGUGCUGCUCACUCUGCACCGAGAUCGGUGGGCGUAAAUGUUCGCUCCCGCAAGUGAAGGAGCACGUUCGAAAUCUCCACUCGAUCGAUGACCCGACUGUGGAGAAUGGAAGAAUCUAUCUGCAUCCAGAUAGCAAGCCCUUGCUGCCGAAGUCAAUCAUGGCCCUUAAAUCGACCGGUAACUCUGAGUAUGAGCUGUCUCGGGAAGCAAUGAACCUCCUGCGUGAAGGGCGAGCAUGCCUGUGUGAUUAUGACUGA